AUGACUCUCGUGACGGCGUGCUGUGACGAGAAAGGACACUCCGGGGUCGUGAUCAUCGCCUCGACCACCCCAGCGGCCUCGGCGGCCCUGCACGAGACCCUGAAAGCCGGUCAAGCCGUCAGGAGUUGUGCGGCAGUCCACUUCGAAGGACCGACUCCAGUCUUCAGCGACAUCAAGAGCGUCCCGGCGGCUGUGCCUCCCUUGCCGAAUGCUGGGGGCGUGCGAGGAGGCCGCCUCUCCUAUGCGGCCAAGCAGGGAGCCGCCGACUUCGCAAUCGACUACGGACUCGCCUUCAGCUUGCGGCCCGCUGGGGCCUUUGCUCGAGGCGGAUUUGGCUCGACGUGCAUCGGGCGCACGUGCGGCGGAAAGGGGGCGGUCUAUGCUCGGGGGAGCGAACCCUUCAUCUGGGAGCGGAAACGAAACCGAGGCGGAGCAGUCAUUUGCCGGGGUGGUGGGGGGCACCUUCUGUGCCUGCGGUGCGUGGAGGCCCAGUACAAAGAGGGGAGCCCCUUUGUUUCGAGCGCGACCGGAGGCCCUGUUCCUCAGCAAGAGCUCUUCACAAAGUACGAAGUGUUCCCCAGCACGAAGGAGGUUCGGGAGGUACGGUCGGGGGAGGAGGCGAGCGAGGGCGGCCACCAAUUCUUCGUGCAAAGGAGGGAUCUCGCCCCCUGCCCGUACUGCCGUGAGCCCAAGGCGGCCGCUCCAUUGAGGCGCGGUGUCAAGAGGGCGCUUGAGGAGGGGCCCAGCCCACGAGAGCUCGGCACGGUGGCGCUCCUGUCGGAGUUGAGCCGAAGCAAAGUCCCUCCGAUUGCAGUUGCCGCCGGCCUCUUUCUUGUGCCCCUGCUAGACGCCUCCGGUGGGCGCCUCCUGGACAUUUUUGCCACGGAUCGAGGGCUCAGUAACGUCCCUCGACUCGUGAAGGUCGACCACAUGGGCAACUUCCGGUGCCUGUGCGGUCAAAAGGCGUGCCGGGACCACGAGGUGGGGUUCCUGGAGGCGACCCGUUCCGUGAGCGGCUGGUGGCAGGGCGGGGAGGCCAUCUUCACGGCCUUUGACGAGAGCCGUCCCUUCGUGCGGGAGGUCACAAGCGGCGUGCCUUGGGUGUCGCCGCUAGAACAAGGGGGGUUCUUGGGGGCUGCUCUCUUUGGGCUUGAUGCGGAGGCUUGGAAAGGGGGGCCGCAACUUCGAGUGAUCGUCGUGAACAACGCUGGGGAGAAGCCCGUGGUAUGCGUGCUUUGGGGAGAGAAGGCGCACUGCAGCGACAUCGAGUGCACGGGUUCAGAGCGGUGCCGGCACCUCUUGGGGGUGCUCUCGAAGCAAACCUUGCCCCUGGUUGAGCGCGCAAAUGAUGGAGGCGGCAGCGAGGGGAGGCGGACUCUCACUGAGAGGCGGGCAGAAAGGGUUGAGCAGCGAGAAGCAGGGACGAGGAGGCUCUUGGUCUGUAACGACCCCGCGUGCCGGCGGCCGGACUCAAAAGCUGCGUGCACCCACCGAGAGACCCUCGAGCCUUGGGAGUGCCUCUCGGCGGCGGCGCUCGACAUGGGCCACAGCCACAAGCGAAUUGACACCGUCAUGAGCCGGGGCGGAGCGAGUGUUGCAAGCCUUUGUGAACGGUGGGGCGAAGAAGGUGUGCGACGACGGGACAAGGCAAAGCAUUUUUGCGCUCCAAGACCCGUCGAGGUGCUCUCGCCCUGCGGCCGACCAUGGCAGGUGGAGAGCAGGAGGGGGGCGCUGACGACGGCUGGAGCACGCUAUGAUACCACUACUUACCGACGUGUCUGUCGCAUCGCCCCGGGGCGGGAGGCGGCCUGCUGCUCAAUCGCUUAUGAUGGCCAGGAGGAUGGAAUCUUUAACUUCUCCGGCAACAACCUCGUCUCGCACGGCCUCCUCCUGCGCAACCACUUUGCCGCGGCCCUGGGGGCGGCCCAUAGCCUCAACUUUGAGGCGGGGGACAUGGCGACGAGGUGCCUCGAGGGGCCGAACGUCCCUAGGCUGGACGACCGGGUGUUCGACUCGGCGAUGCAGGCCUUCAACGACCUCGCCGCCCGGCCUCGGAUCCAGCACGUGUGCUCGCGCCUCGAUUGCGCGCAUCUCUACACGUGCGAGGUGAAGGCGGUCGAAGUGGAGGCCCUUAGGGCUGGCAACCCUCUGAGGCCGGAGCGAACGGAGGGGCCGAGUUCUGACCUGGCCACGUACGCGUUUGGGCGGGACAAGGUCAUCACCUUUGACGGCACCUUCUUUGCCAAUUCGAGCGCGAUGCGCGAUUUUGAUACGGAAGCGUCCUUGCACAGCAUCUGCGAGCCCGACCCCGGAGCGCCGAAGGUCGCUGGAGGGUUUACUCCUCUGAGCGUGGGUGGUGUGCGUCCCUCUGACGUGCCGCUAGAGGGGAUCGACUGCCCUUGGAAGUAUCGCAACGGGCUGUCGGAGUUGCGGCCGGCCGUGCGAGUUUUGGCGAUGAGGUGGUGCAACUUUCGCAAGGCUCCAGCGCAAGGGAGCAACGCGCCUCUGAAGCCGGAGGAGUUUGUCGCCAUGCGGGAGGGGCUUCCGAUGAACGUUGCCGCUCUGAUCGACCUCGUGAUCGAGUCGGGAGCGUGUCGCGACCCUGCCACGUGUGCGAUUUGCAAGGCGGUGCCGCGGCGGCCGUGGAUGCAAGGGUUCCUCAAGGACGGGCCCGUGGGACCGACCGGCUGGUGUCCGACGCACUUUCAAGCGUACGGAGCCCUUCUUCACGCCCUGCUCAUCCCUCGCUACUCCUGGGUGUUUGGGCGCGUCGUCACUCUGAAGCUGCUGAGACACGCGCUGCUCGAGGGGCCGCUCGACGAGCGGGGGUUGGCGUACCUCUCCAACGACGGCCCCAUGGUGGCGGCCAUCUUGCGCCUCCAUCCCGUUGCUGGGGGGCUGUAUACCUUUCCGGCGGCGCUCCGCCCCCUCGUGCGUGACAUCUACGCCACGAAUCUCCUCUGCUUUGAGCCGAGCGCGAACCGGCCGGGUCCGUCCUCGCGAUCGCCACUGGCCGCCCUCCAUGAUGCUACCGAGCAUCUGUGGGCAAUCGAAGGCGAGAGGCUGAGGCUCAUCGGUCAGCUGGAGGCGGCCGCGAUGGAAUACGCGGAGCAGCGAGGGGCGGCGCUCAAGAGGGUCGCCAACUCGCUCCUGUUCGAGCUGGAGGUCCGCGAGCCCCAGUGCUAUGGAGAGGGCGGCUUCCUUCAAGUGCCAUCGGCGGCCUACGUUGAGCGGGUCGGCGCCGUCUCCACCUACUCGUUUCAUCCCUUGCUGUACGGUCGGCCUCGGUUCGUCGAUUGGGAAGACGAAGCCGGUCGGGGGAAGAGGGGUUCGGAGGAGCGGCUCACUCAGCACUGCAGCGCCCCCAACCCUCGAUCGUCAAAGGGGCGCGCGGGGGUGUUUAUUGCUUGUUGCCAGGACCGAGCUCCCUUGGGGUAUCACUGGCUCAAGGGGGGCGAAUCCGUCUCGGACCUUGGGACGGUGCUUCUAACGCGGUUCCCUUUCAAGACGCUGCGGGGGCUCACGAUCGUGGAGGACGCCGCUUGCAACGCCCAGGAGUGGUUCUUGAAUCGGGUGCCGCAGUUGGCCAAGUUUAUGUUGUUCGUCGUCGACCGCUUCCACUCGGGGCCCGUGAGUUGCGCACCGGCGGGGGCGAAGCGCUAUGCAACGCACACGUGUGCGCCAACGCUGUUCAUCGACUCGUUUCCGCAACAUGGCCACACGAUUACAACGGCUUCAGAGGGGGUCAAUUCUGGGCUGAAGCGAUGUGCAGCUAGCCUUCAGCAGAUCACGAGCAUCAGAAGGUUGAUAAGCCGUGUGACGACCAUUCUCGACACGCUUUUCGAACGGUCAAAGUACGCCGUCUAUUGGAGUGAGUCUAGCAAUCCGUUGAGGGACUCGAUCAGGCGGGCGCGCGGCUGA